AUGCCAACCUCCCUCACUCUACCACUCAGAGCACAAAGUGCUUAUUAUGAUUGCAGUCAAGCAUGGAAAUCUCAGCCCUCCACACCACAGCAAAAACGAUACUCCCUAGCAAGUGGCCCUCCGCUGGUCAAACAUCAUUCAACACCCUCGGCAAACCACUUGGCCAUUCAAUCUAGUACAGACACCUGCGCGCAAUUUGAAACUAGUCUUCAGAUUUCGACACUAAGAGAGCCAUCAGCUCAAGAAAUCAAUAAAGGUGUUUGGCGCAAGAAAAUUGUCGCUGAAAUCAGAGGGCAAAGACAUGGAGUCCACGAUUCCCAGAGCUUCUCCCAUGUGUCAAUCAAUGAUUAUGAAUAUAUUGCGGAAGCCAUCGCCGGGGAUGAUGAUUGGUACAAUCUAUCAUACACCCCCUCGUCCUCACAACUUGUCGUAAUCCUGCCUAGCCCAAUUCACGAGAAUUUUCUGAUGCCGUUGCGCAAAUCCAUGGAUGCUGCAUUUGCGUCCAUGGGUAUCGCCCCAGAAUACAGUGAAUUCAUGAUACAGAUGAACUCCACUCUUAACGGGUGUGGGACAUCAGGAUCCCAAGCGAAACCACUCAGCCAGCCUGACAUACUUGUUGAGUUUCACGAUAAAGAAAGUGGAUGGCUACAGCUGUGGGGAACUGAGGUGUCCUACUCUGAGACACGACAAGAUGUCCUAUACAAACUCCAAGAUUACAUUGACGGUGCCCCGAAUAUUGUCGCCCUCACGUUGUUCGAUAUCAAGGAAAACGUACGCCACUCACCGCCAAAGGAGUCAUCAAGGAUGUUUGAUACGUUGAACGAGGUGGAGUUAGUAGUGCCAUUCCACAAGUGGAUUCGCAAGUCCAACAAAUCAUUUCCCGGACCAGUCACCGUGUUUCGCCACAACUGGGUGUCUGCAGUUACAGUCACAGUCACUAUGUGGCUCCGUUGCCCUACCGGACAACUCAAUCUGAAUGACCACGAUAAUGAGUUUUACCAAUAUGCGGAGCUGACUCCAAACACUGACUCCACCGGCCUUGCAAAUGUUCAAUGUUUGUUUCAACACACCAUGUUGAGAAUUCGGGAUACAACCCUCGAUCACAUUGAUCAGCUGGCAGCCGAGGACGCUGUGGAGGAGUCUAGCAGCGACGAGUCUAGCAGUGAUGGGUCUAGCAGUGACAGGUCUAGCAGUGACGGGUCUAGCAGUGACGGGUCCAACAGUGACGACCAUCGCGGACCCUUCACUACUGGCUUGUCGCACAUGGGUUCCUCCGGCAAUGCUCUUCGAUUGGGAGACGCUGAUGCCUUACUUACAGAGUGGGUUGAAGCAGACCGGAUACGAUCGAUAUUCCUCUUGGCAUGA